AUGGCAGCAGUAACCAAUACUGCUAUAUCAUGUGUGCCUACCAAGAUAGAGAUUGUUGACAAACUAAAGGCAAGCAGCGAAAGUGUUACUACCACAUAUGGUCUUUCAGACCAAGUCACUCUUCUUCAACAUGAUUCUGCAUUCGCCUCAUUGAUUGGCGAAGCCCCAUCGCAUGCACUUCUAUUUUCUACUGCUGGCUCAACCAACAACCCUUUCUUUCACGAAGCCUGUGUUUUGUUACCCGACCAUGAUGAACUCUAUGUCACAUCAAACCUCCUACAAGCUACCAGUUCCGCAAACUUCCCAACUAUUCUGAUAUCUAGAAUUAAGCUCCAUCGCAAUGACGACGGAAGUAUCAAAUCUGCCGAGUGGGCUAAAAUGCGUCCACCACCAGGCAUUGACAUGCCAAAUGGCGGUGUUAAUUAUCAAGAUGGUAUUCUAUUUUGUGCUCAAGGAAAUAGAAGCGCAGGCUCAGGUGGUAUUUAUCAUAUGCCCAGAUCUUCACCCCCGAAACCUAUGGUGACGAACUUUCACGGAAGACAUUUCAAUUCUGUAAAUGAUGUCGUGGUGGCUAAAGAUGGCAGCAUUUGGUUCACAGAUCCAUGCUAUGGAUGGGAGCAAGAUUUUAGAUUAAAGCCUAAACUCCCUUGCCAAGUAUAUAGAUUCGAUCCUAUUACGGGAGAUAUUAGAGUUGUGGCAGAUGGCUUUGGUAGACCAAAUGGAAUUGCUUUCUCACCGGAUGAGUCAUUGGUUUAUAUUACGGAUACAGAUCAAAUCCAUGGAGAUGGAAACGAGGAUUUAACGCGUCCUGCAACAAUUUAUGCUUUUGAUGUUCACAUGACAUCAGGCGCACCCUUUCUCAUCAACCGAAGAGUUUUUGCAUAUGCAGUUGAUGGCUUCCCAGAUGGCAUCAAAUGUGAUGUUCACGGUAAUGUAUACUCCGGCUGUGGCGAUGGUGUGGAGGUCUGGAGUCCAGCCGGGACUUUAAUCGGCACCAUUUUAGUUCCUGGCGGCGUAGCAAACUUCUGCUUUGGAAAGGAUGGGGAAGUAUUUUUGUGUGCCGAGCAAAAGUUUUGGAGAUUACAGUUGGCAAGUACGACAAAAGGCGCAUUGCUCGGUAUUUACCAUGCCCACCACAGAUGUGAAUUCACCUUCAAACUUCAAGAGAUUUCUCUCUCCCCUCUCCGUUGGGCAAAUGAUGAUAUAGAGAGCCAACAGAGUCAGCAAUCUAUCAUCCACAGCUUCCAAGACCCUUCUUCUCAAAUGCACUAUAGUACCGACCAUCCAAGAGACCAACAUUCCAGUCAACACGACGGCAUUGAAGACCGGGAUUUUCCCUCAUUGUACGCAGUCGAGAAUUAUGAUAUUCAAGGUCCCAAUACCCAAAGCUUUACGCAAAAUUCAAGACAAACCCUCUCCAAUACACCCACACAAAGACAUCGCAGUACCAGUAAUCCAGAACUUCAAUUUUCCAUUCCCGGUAGUUUCACACAAGAGGAAAAUAAUGCUAGAAGCCAGUUCGGAAAUCAAAAUCCUUACUUCAAUAAUUUCAUUCACCAAAGACGCCAUGGAGACCGUGAAAUCGAUCUCGAGGGUCAGUAUUCCAGCACCCAAAACCCAAGAAACCAUUUAGAGUACGAUAUAGACAACAGCUUCGCAGGCAGUUAUCGCAGAACCAGUGAUACCUACGAUCAAUACUCUAUUCCCUACUUUGAACACCGUGUAAAUGAAUCACAAACCCCAUAUUCGAAUACUCAAGAUCCACGGCCAAACGCAAAUCCAGGAUCGACUUCCACACUGACACAGAGACCGCGAUGCAGAAGUCAUCCAGUAAAUGGAUUCCCACCAGCAGAACCACUAUUAAAUUCUUUGGACUACGCACAUGACGACAUUGAAAGUCAGCGUUUCAGAGCUCCAGGGCCACCUGCCAUUCCCAUCGACCUCGACUUCUCUGGAGUUAUACAGACGCUUCGAAGACCUAUAGAUUAUUUUGGAGGGAAUAAGGAGGAAAUGAGGGAGAUGUGGCAGUGUGUGCCGAAUGAGGAUUUGGAAGAGGGCAUGUUGAGAUGUUAUGCCUGGAAUCACGAGGAUAAGGAUGUUUGUGUUGAUUGCAAAAGGGUUAGAACGAGGGGAGCGAGGUCUAAAUUGGUGGCACUGAAGAGAGCUUUGGGUUUCAAAGGCUAUGUUAAUAGUCUUGAGAGUGGUGUAUGGAGGGGAAAUGAAGGGUGA